AUUGACUGCGUCACUUCCUUUCUGCUCCACGUGAAUUGCUCCACAUGUGCAGCUGCAGUAAAUAAACAACUUUUAAAUCCACCUUUUCACUCCUACAAGUACACAUAUUUCAUUUGAUGGUUAUGGACAUCAUGGCCAUGGAGUCAGACGAGGAAGAGUCUCUGCUCGGCGAGGAGUCUGAGGAGGAGGAAGAAGAAGACAGUGAACUGUCGGAUGGAGAGCUUCAAGAAGCCUUCGCUAAAGGGUUAUUGAAACCUGGGAUGAAUGUUAUGGUGGAUAAAUCCAAGAAGUUAUUCAACAAUGUGAACGGGUUGAAGCACUGCCUCGCUGAGUUCCGCAGAAAUCUUUCCUGGGUGGAGAGAUUAGACGUGACCAACUCACCAGCUGAGGAUCAACUCCCCAAAGCUGAAGAGAAAGUUCAGGCAAAUGCCACAAAUGGAGAGCUCAAUGCAGAGGAUGAUUUCGAGAGGGAGAUGUUCUUUUACCGUCAAGCUCAAGCUACAGUCCUGAAUGCGCUGCCUCUGCUAAACAAACACAACAUACCCACCAAAAGGCCCGAUGACUACUUUGCAGAGAUGGCCAAGACAGAUCAGCAUAUGCAGAAGAUCCGGAAAAAGUUGAUCUCAAAGCAGAUGAUUAUGGAGAAGUCAGAAAAGGCCAAGAAGUUGCGUGAGCAAAGAAAGUUUGGCAAAAAGGUCCAAGUAGAAGUGAUUCAGAAGAGACAGAAGGAGAAGAAGGCCAUGAUGUCUGCUGUAAAGAAAUACCAGAAAGGAAUGACCGACAAACUGGAGUUCCUGGAAGGAGACCAGAAAACAGGCAAAGAUUCAGCUGAUGGUUCGAAGAAAACACUGAACAAAAAGGGCCCCAGUGCUAAGAGGAAAUACAAGGACCAGAGGUUUGGCUUUGGAGGGAAAAAGAGUGGCAAGAAGUGGAACACGAAGGAAAGCCACAAUGAUGUUUCCAGUUUCCGAGCCAAAGUGGCUAAUGCCAAGGGUGGAAAAGGAGGCAAGAAAGGCCAAGGGGGGAGACAAAAUAAACGUCCCGGGAAGUCUGUGCGAAAAAAGAUGAAGGGCCGCUCAUAAAAACUGAAUGGACUUGGACCUUGUUUCUGGGCAGAAUUUGACAAAGCUGCUCCCACAUCUGUCAAAGUUACACCUACUGAGAGUAUAUGGACUUAGAUGAUGGGAUACAUAAACCUCCUUGAAGCCCCACAGAGGAAAAACAACAUUCUUUUAAGACAAGAAAAGAGAACAGUCUGGAGUCUGUUUUUUUUUUCAUUAGUAAUUUCAUAGAAAGGCAUAAAUUCUCUGAGACCUUUAUCAUCUCCACAUUGUGUUUUUUUUUUUUUUUUUUUUUUAACAAGGUUUUUAAUAUCACUUUCAGUGAUUACACAUGUCUAAACCUACCAUUUGUUUAAUGAACAAUGUUUUUUUUCUUGUACUCUGAUCGUACAUUCAUUGGUUUUUCAUCCAGUGACAAUAUUUUAUAUUACCGAGCUGCCGUCAGUUUUGCCCUUUCUCAUUCAUUAAAAUGGCCGGUAUGUAACAGUGGGAGUGUUUUAUGUAAAUGUGUGAAAGUGCUGUCCUUGGAUGUGCUUUUUUUCCCCUCCAAAUUUGGCAAAUAAGUGGACUCUACUGAUGUGUUUGUAUCACAAAGAAAUGCAUGUGAUCAUCUGCUUUAGAACGGUUUAAUGUGGCGCCUCCAUGCAUCUUCUGCAUAUUCGGUGAUGUGGGUGUGAACUCGCCCGAAGUUCGUCCUGUUCUGGAACUAAAAGGGAAAAAAAAAGGCAGUUUUUUAGUACCGUUCAGCAUUAUAAGUGUGCUUGUCUUCUCUUAAAACUGCUACCGAACCCUUGG